GGGUCAGCUCGGCCGCCGGCCAUGGGGGAGGCCGAGGUGGGCGGCGGCGGCUCCGCGGGCGACAAGGGCCCGGGAGAGGCGGCCACCAGCCCGGCAGAGGAGACAGUGGUGUGGAGUCCCGAAGUGGAGGUGUGCCUCUUCCACGCCAUGCUGGGCCACAAGCCCGUUGGUGUGAACCGGCACUUCCACAUGAUUUGCAUCCGGGACAAGUUCAGCCAGAACAUAGGGCGGCAAGUCCCAUCCAAGGUUAUCUGGGACCACCUGAGCACUAUGUAUGACAUGCAGGCACUGCAUGAGUCCGAGAUCCUCCCCUUUCCAAAUCCAGAGAGGAACUUCGUCCUUCCAGAGGAAAUCAUCCAGGAGGUCCGAGAAGGAAAAGUGAUCAUUGAGGAGGAGAUGAAAGAGGAAAUGAAGGAAGACGUGGACCCUCACAAUGGGGCUGACGAUGUAUUUUCAUCUUCGGGAAGCUUGGGGAAAGCAGCAGAAAAGUCCAGCAAAGAGAAAGAAAAGAACUCCUCAGAUUUAGGAUCCAAAGAAGGGGCAGACAAGCGCAAGCGCAGCCGGGUCACCGACAAGGUCCUGACGGCAAACAGCAACCCUUCCAGCCCCAGUGCUGCCAAGCGGCGCCGGACAUAGACAUCCCACGCUGGGCAGCAGCAGAGAGGUGGCUACAGGUUGGGGGGGCGGAGGGAGUGCAGUCAGCGGGGGUCAUUGGGCCCCAGCACCGACCGUCUGGUGCUGCCUGCAUCAGCACCGGGGGACGUGCCAUCUGGCCAGGGAAGCGGACAGAGGCUUCAUGGUGCCCACUGAGACUCUGGGGACUCUGUAGGACCCUGAGGGACUCCAAAGGACGAGGGACAGCUCACCUCAGAUCUUGAGGGCUGCACAGGGGUCUCAGCUGUCUUCUCCUGCGCGCACGUUGCUUUCUGGGACUCCUGCUUAGCUCCUGCCUCGGCUGCUGCAGAGGGCCCCUGAGGGACCCCUGUGGAGCAGGGUCCGGACAAGGAGAACGUGUUCGAGCUGGCAAGCAAUAAAAAUGCCGUUUUCUCUCUGUCCUCAGAAGUAGCCAUUAGUCUUCCCCGGGGACUGACUCCUCCUCCUUUGUUUUUCCGUCGUCCGGAGCCUCUCGUUCCACAGGGAACAGCAUCAGGAGAAGCGGCCUCGGACAUGGCCUCGGCGCCCUUGAUGGUGCCGCCUUUGCACCUAAGAACUUUGCCUCCUUCACUUGUACUGUAACAAUGUAUAUAAUUUGGUUGGCAUUUCACUAUUUAAUUUUUAAGAAGACUAUUUUUACUAGUGUUUUAUAUGAAAAAAAUAGCCACAGACGUUAAACCUGUGUUGUAUUUUUCCUGAGAUGUUUUCUUUUAAGGCAAUGAGAUACUGAGAUACUUUUUGCUCAGUUUUUAUAUGCCAGAUAUGGAGAAUUUGUAGCAAUUAUUUUUGUAUUACUGAGUAACUUGCAAACAGACCAAAUGCAUGAGUGGAGCAGGCGCAGCCUGGAGCUGAGGGGGCCCAGGGCCGUUGAGAUGUACUUUUGUUUGACUCUGAUAUUAAAGUGCGAAAAAACCAA